AUGGCUGCCAAAGCACCUGUGACUGGACGCCCCCCGAGACGAAGUGUGAUGCCAACAAGCCCUGCGCGCAAGGAUGCUGCUCAAAAUUUGGGUUCUGCGGUUAUGGAAAGGACUGCAGACUGCGACUCCGGCAACCUCGGAAAAGACUAUGUCAAGUUCGACAAGUGCCCCCUGAAUGUCUGCUGUUCCAAGCAUGGUUUUUGCGGUACUACUGAAGACUUCUGCGGCGGCAAUAAACCCAAGAGACAAGUCUGUCCCGUUGACGACAGGCCCCUCUCCCGCGUCGUUGGGUACUAUGAGGGGUGGGCUCCUGGCCGGCCGUGUCACUCUUUCUACCCCGAGCAGAUUCCCAGGGGUGUUUACACGCACCUCAACUUUGCCUUUGCUACCAUUGAUCCCAACACAUUGGAGAUCCAGCCCGCGGCAAUGUCCGAUAUUGAACUAUACAAACGCCUCAACACCCUCAAGCUGUCUGAUCCCAACCUCCGUACCUACAUCGCCGUGGGCGGAUGGACGUUCAACGACCCGGGUCCGACGCGGACUACCUUUAGCGAUAUCGCUCGAACCACGGAGAACAUGGACAAAUUUAUCAACUCAGUCAUCAAGUUCUUGCAAAAGUAUGACUUUGACGGCAUUGACCUCGACUGGGAAUAUCCCGUGGCCGACGACCGCGGUGGCCGUGGCGGGGACUACCAGAACUUUGUCACCUUGUCCAAACGCUUGAAGCAGGCGCUCAAAACGACGUCCAGGACUGGAUACUCUAUUACGGUCCCGGCAUCUUUUUGGUAUCUUCAGCACUUUGAUAUCAAAGGGCUGGAGCCGCAUGUGGACUUCUUCAACAUUAUGAGCUACGAUUUGCACGGCACUUGGGACAUGUCCAACCAGUGGACGGGCCCCUAUCUCAACGCUCACACCAACCUCACAGAGCUGAAAGACUCAAUGGACCUCUUCUGGCGCAAUGACAUUUCGCCUUCCAAGAUUGUCUUUGGCACUGGUUUCUACGGCCGCGCUUUCACUGUAGCGAAUCCCUCAUGCAUGAGCCCCGGUUGCACGUAUGCCUCUGGUGCCGCUAGCCAGCCGUGCAGUCGGGAGAUCAGUGUCGUCCUUAAUAAUGAGAUUAUGGAUAUCAUUGAGGAGACCGGUGCUAAACCUAUCCUCCACAAGAAAGAAGCAGUCAAGACUCUCUCGUGGGGCAACAAUUGGGUCGCUUACGAUGAUGAAGAAACCCUCCAGAUGCGUGCCGACUUUGUGCGGGAGCAAUGCCUUAGUGGCAUCAUGGUCUGGGCCGUCUCUCAUGAUACGCCCGAUGGACGCUUCUCCAAUGCUGUCAAGAAGGCCGCUAAGCGCGUGGAGGCGCUUGGGUCGUCAAUAGACGGGUACGACGAGCACGUAACCAUCAACCACCAGUGCAAAUGGUCUAAUUGCUUGGAAGGAUGCCCUAGCGGCUGGCACCAUGUCCGACGCAGCGACGGCGGCGCCCGCGGCAACGAGGUCAUGGCCAAUGCCCAGGGCUGCGAGGGCUACGGCACCAGAUGGCUCUGCUGCCCACCCGGAGCAUCCGGAUACGAUGGUCCCCAGUGCGGCUGGUGGGGACAUAACAACGGUAACUGUAACCACCUGGACACGGGCGACAGUCCCAUUUUCGAGAUCGGGUCCAACAACCAGCACUGCAAGAAGAAGAAUUCAUAUCAAAUCGCCGGCUGCACGUGGUCCUCCACGGCAGUCAAGGCGCAUGCGGCCUGCAGCUGGUCUUUUGACUUUCCCAACUGCGGUGAUGGCUCGUGUGAAAGCUUCGAGUCGGAGUUCUUCACCUCGUCUUCAGGGAGCCAGGGAGCCUUUUGCCGCGACGACUCAAGACGUAAGUACUGCUGCUCUGACAAGCAAAAGGAUCUCCACUGGGAAAACUGCGAAUGGGUCGAUCACGCCGGUCUCGUCCCAAGCAACAUGCGCUUCGGAACCUGCAUUGGAGGAUGUCCCUCCGGCAAGACGCCCCUGGCUCUCGAUCACAACGGUGGGACGUGCAGAUGGGGCGCGCGUGCUCGUUGCUGCGACGUGGGCUACAAGACCAUCCAAAAGCGAUACAAUGACAAAGACGAGGAGUUUGACUAUUAUCUCAACUACUUUAUUGAGAAUGGCGCUGAAUGCACACCGAAAAGCUCCCAAGGCGAGACGCUGUGGAGGGCUCAGGAGUACCUCGAGGCGAAGAUCAAGGAAAUCGUCUAUGGUACGGCGGCCCAAUCUACCACGGAUGUAUGGAAGCAGCGCAUCGGGCUCAAGUACGAGCACCUCAGCAUCGGAGACGUCCGCUACUUCGCCCAGUCGAACUCUGCCGCCUUGCGUCUCGGGUCUUCGAGGUUCCCCAGGAGGCUCAUCUGCGGCUUGACGACCUUCAACAACAUUGUCGGCGGCAAAGACGACUUGCAGUGCGCGUGCCAAGGGGCGCAUUGCUGUAUCUCCAAGCGUUGCAAGCGAGAUAGCGAUGCCUUGAAGCGUCGAGCCGACGAGAGCGAGGAGGACAAGGACCUUGAUAACAACCUUCCACAUGUAGGCUUCGACCAUGAGCGCCGGCAGAUAUCUAAUACUUCGACUUCUCUGCAAUUGGAGUCAUUUGACGAUGACGAUAGAUUUACUAUCUUUUCUGGCCCGCGGGCAUUCAAGAUCGAAGUAGAUGAUCCAGACAGGGUAUUCUGGGCAUUCGUCAUUUUUUCCUUGGGGUACUAUAAUAUUGGCCGCAUCCCCAUCAGUAACCCACUCUGGCAGAGAGCUUUCGGCUACAGCUCUCAGGGCUGUUGGGACUACGACGUCGAUAGCUUGACCGGGGUCACCCAAACGAACCAUGGGACAUGGAGCCUCGUGGUGGAACACAUCAUCGAGCUGCAAACCAUUGCUCAGUUCAUCAGGUCCACCAUUACUGGCGAGAUGCGCAGCGGUGCGCGUUUUGAAGAUUUCGUCGACGGUCCGAGGCCCAUCGACCGCAUGUUCAGCACCCUAGGGACCAGGCGGAACACGGUCCCCUUUGUGCUUGCUCCCGGGGACCUCAACUCCGCCAAACUGAACAUGUGGCAAGGAAAUGACCCAGUAGCAUCAUCAACACUGGAGGAGUUUCUCCGUCAGGGGACCGCGACGUCCUUCCAAGCCUUCAUUAACAGUGUCCGACAGCCCGUCAUUGUCCUUCAGUACCUGGCCGAUGCCGGUGUUCGCACCCAAGCCCGCGAGGCGUACCGCUCUCUGCGGGCGGAGAUGGCCCUGCUCUCCCAGGAGGCCCGGAACCAAGGCUACCGUAACCCGGAUCUAGAACAUAUGUUGGACCGAUGGUACCGCGAUCACAUAGACCUCAUGAUUCGUGAGACAAGGGCCUUUAUGGAGAGAUACCGCGCAAUAGGACGUGCUGCCGUUCUAGGUUCCGGUGCUCGAAACGAGCAGGAGGUGCUGGAGGGCUUGCUUGCGCUCUGGGACGGUGCAGCGGACUUUGAGUUUGACUACGAGGGGUGGUUUGGCGAUCACUGA